AUGUUGGAAGUGAAGCAACAUAUCUUCGUCAUAAUUCUUAUGCUUACAAUGGCAAUUCUGGAGGACGCAUUCAAAAGUAACGUUCGUUCCCUCGAGGAGAUUUUCAGAACCCGUGUAUCCCACCCGCAUCGCUCCGUAAAACUGGAUUUCAAACAAGAGAAACUCAACCUGCCUAUCUGCCGCCAACCAAUUUCAACCUCUUCCGGGAUGAGUACUCAUGGCAUAAAGCCCCUCAAGUACCACACCUAUCUUUAUUUUCUUAAGCGGCUAAGCUUAGCCGCCGGGAUGAUUCGGGCUAUAAAACCUUACGAUCUCCGGCGUGGUACUGGUGAGGCAGUCGACAGUGAUGGGCCACGUCUAUGCCAGCACCUUUCAGAGACAUAUGAAUCGACGUGCCUAGGCCUAUAUUUAAGCCGCAUUUCUCGGAAUACCUUCGGAAGAUGUAUUAAUGAAGAUUCUUAG